AUGAGUAUUGUCUAUGCCCUCUCACAGAACGUUCCAUUCUUUCAACAUAGACCAGAUGCUACCGGGAGGCUUGGUCUUUCGCCACUACAAAAAUGUACCGCAGCAAUUCGUAUGCUUUCUUAUGGUUCUGCAGCCGACGCAGUUGACGAAUAUCUCCGACUUGGUGAGAGCACGGCACUUUCGUGUUUACAUUAUUUCACUGACGGAAUAGUACAGUUAUUUGGAGAGCAGUAUCUACGAAGACCCACACCAGAGGAUCUUCAACGACUCCUCGAUAUUGGAGAGAAACGCGGGUUUCCUGGGAUGAUUGGGAGCAUUGACUGUAUGCAUUGGGAGUGGAAAAAUUGCCCAACUACUUGGAAAGGACAGUACGCCCGUGGAUCAAACAAACCGACAAUUGUCUUAGAGGCUGUAGCUUCACAAGAUCUUUGGAUAUGGCACGCUUUUUUUGGUCCUCCAGGUACUUUAAACGAUAUUAAUGUCCUCGAUCGCUCUCAUGUUUUUGAUGACAUUAUAGAAGGUCGAGCUCCAAGGUUAGAGUACGUGGUCAACGGACACAAGUAUAAGUUGGCUUACUAUCUCACAGACGGUAUAUAUCCAAAAUGGUCAACAUUUAUCCAAUCUAUCUCACGUCCUCAAGGUCCUAAAGCACGGUUAUUUGCUAAAAACAAGAAGCAGCCCGAAAAGAUGUGGAACGGGCCUUUGGAGUUUUGCAAGCUCGAUUUGCGAUUGUCAAAAACCCGGCUCUUACAUGGGACAAAAAAAAGAUAG